CAUACGUAUAUGGGUAAUUGUUCAGGAACUGAGUACGUGCGAGUGUAGCUGUUAGGUCCUUGGUUCCCAGGGGAGGAGGGGAAGCACUAUGGCACAGAGGCUGAGAGGAUUAAGAAUUGUCAAAAAUGGCUUCAGGAUUGUCUUAAAGUCUUACACAAUGUGCUUCAGAUACUCGCUGUACUCGUCCGCAAACUUCCUGCCCCAGAUGCUGCUGCCUCCCCAUCCAGUGCCUGUUGGGUCUCCUGUCUGAACCAUGAAACCCUUGAUGUUACUAUGAAAUACACAGCCGUUGUAGUAAUUAUUGGCACAAAGAGCCAAGAAAUUCUCACACGUCUUAGGUGUCCUCUCACAGAAGACUUCUAUUUUGAUAUCUCCCACAUCUGUAUGCAACGUCACAGACAUCCUCUUGAUGGCUCCAGGAAGACUUGCACAGAAAACCUGAAGAUGAGUUCCCAGUCCUGACAUUGUAUUUAAAAGCGCUUUUCCCAUAGUAGCAGACACUAGUACUAGUAUGCAUUCUCCAAUUAAGUCCCUCUCCAGCCCAAGAGUUCACCACGACCAUCCUAGGAAAUAAAACAUGGGUGCAGGCUCACUUCGCCUCUGCUGGUGAGUUUGGGUCUCAGUCUUCUCCAAAACUAACCAGUUUUAUUUGGAGCUAACUUUCAAGGCUUCUGCUCGUCGCCAUGGAGAAGCCAUCAGAGGAGUUCGACCCAUCAGAGGAGUUCGACCCAUCAGAGGAGUUCGACCCAUCAGAGGAGGUGGUCGACCCACUUGUGGACUCGGAACCUUCUCAGAUGGAUGAACAAGACUCCUCGGAUGAUUCGGGAAUCUCCCAGCCAGACAACUUAGAAAAGGACAUGAGAAAGCUGACCAUCGACCCCAGUGCCAAGAAGCCUCCUGCUUCCCUGGCAGGACUUAAACUUCAGCGCAGUCGCCGCAGCCGCAGCCGCAGCCGCAUCCUCCACCGAGCAAUUAAGAUGAGAAAUGUCGAGAACAAAAGUGAGAAGAUCUUGAGGGAGGUCCAAAAUGCCUUUCCCAAGAGAAGAGUCCGCACACUGCUGUCUGUGCAAAACAAUCCUGUCGCGAAGAUGAAGCGAUUUAUGUGGUUUAACAAAGCGCAACCAUUUAAAUGCAUCUGCACUUUCUGCCUGUACAAUGGCUGGGACCCUUCUGAGAAUGCCAAAAUUGGA